UUUUCCUCUUUACCGCGCGCAUAGUGUUGUGCGUCGUGUGCGCGCGAGCGGGUGCUGGACAGUCGUCCGUCCGUCCGUCCGCCCGUCCGUGCGGCGCUUCGUUUCGGGCAGCCACCCCCCCCUUCCCCCCUUCUCGCUUUCUUCCCCGCGAACGCGGAAAAUAGAGCGUGGGGCUGGCUCUCCAGCGUGCGUUUUAAUCGACGGGGAUGCGAGAGCUCCCCCUCCCCUCCCCGCCACCGCCACCCCUCCUGCUUCCUCGCGGUCGCGAAGUGCAUCGCAGUCGAGCGACGCGCCGCGCGUCUCUGUGCCGCCGACUUCAGGGUAGUGAAACACGGCGGGAGGGGUAGGAGAAUGAGAGAGUGAACUCGAGCGAGGACGCGAGUGCGCGGCGGCCCGAUAUCCCUGCGCCGAGGACGACUCCGCGCCCGAGCCCCAGGAUCAUCCGUACCGCGCGCGGGGCACCUGCCGCGAGAUACGUUGCGUGAGUCAGCGGCGUUCGAUCUUCCUCCAAUCGAGCGAUCGCAAGUGGCGAGCAAUUAAAACGCGCAAUCACCAAGCGUCGCGCGGCAACACGCUCGUUGUGUGUCGCGUCGCUGGAAUGGACCUGCCGGGCGCGACGUCCGGAUCGCGUUGACAAGCAGCCAUCACCGAAGAGGCUACGGGACGACGUCCUCCCACCUCCUCCGCGAACGCGAGUGCAUCGUAUACACGCGACUGUCGUCGUCAUCGUCGUCCGCAAGAAAUGUUAAGCGCCGAUUGACUUGCGGUAUCACCUUCCUGAAGUUGCCCGCGGAUACUCGCAUCGUGCAUCGUCGUCCGGAUCGCUUCAUCGAGAUGCGACGCGACGCGCGGACCGCUCCGGUACAUUUCCCAGCCGUUGGGAAUCCCGAGUCGGAGUAGUCCGUGUCGUCCGGGAAGUCGACCCGGGCACCCGCGGCUCCUCGAACCGAAGAGGAGUCUCUGACUCCGCGAGUGAAGUCUUCGUGAGUUUGUUCAGUCGCGAUUGUAAUUGGAGCCUGGUUAGUGCGCGAGGGCCGAGGUCGUCGAGGUCCUCCCCCGGGUCGUCGUCAGUCCCUUCUCCCCGCGUUCGGAUGCAUUGGAUACGUGAGAAAGUGGUGCAGCUGCAGCAGCAGCAGCAGCAGCAGCAGCGGGGCGUCGAGAGAAGAGGUUAGGCGAGGCCGACACCCACCGAGCAGGUCGAUCAGCUGUUCCGCGGCGCCGACAUAAUCGUCGCGUUUCGGCUGCCAGGUAGUUUCAAUGUUACUCUAUCAAGAGGACAUUUCGGACAUCCUUGCCUUAAGUUCGUCUUAGCGCGAACGUGAGUGAAGGAAAAAGGGACGAUGUUGUCGUAUAUGCUGCCGACGGAGGACAAGCCACCACCCGGCGAGCCCAGCAGCCAACAACAGAACAAUUAUCGUGCAGGCGGCAAGCUCCAGAAGAGCACUGCUGUGACGAGCGCGUCGCCCAGAAAGUGCGCGGACGCGACCAGAGCGAUGAUUGUCUCCACUAGGAUCGAAGACCCGGCGGCCGGCGGCGAUCCCGUACCCCGGCACGGCUCACCACGGCCGGUCGAGAGCCCGAAGCACAACGGGACGACUACCGCGAGGAAAUCGACCCUGCACAACGCUAACAGGGUCACUAAGGACGACAGCCUCUACAGCAUCGACAGCGUGGCCAGUACCGCCGGCAGCGAGCGCAAGAACAAGAUUCUCAACGGCGCGAAGCAUGCCAGCCUGAAGAGGGUAUCCUUCGGCUCGAGCAAAGGGUCGAUGGUGGAAACCCUCGUUUACGAGACCCCAGUGCAAGAGGAACCUGAGAUCAAUCACUUUCUGGACCACAACGGCCGUCUACCUCCUCCUAUGAUACCUGUGCCUGAUACUGACGAAGGUAGAGAAAAAGUACGCGUCUCGUUGUUGGGUCCGCAACCGUCGCCGGCGACGCCAGGCGUUCUCUUGCUAGAGCCAAUCACGCACUCGACAGGACACCCGCUAAACAUGGCCAACAAUCCUGCGGAACUUUUGACCACGCACACGGAGCAUACCACGCCUGCCUACCACACGCAGAUCAGUACGGACAGCGGCUGGGACAACCCGUUCAGGCCAGAUGGCGAUCUCUCCCGAGAAGCCGACGAGAUCGUCGAGUUGAUAAAGGGCGGAAAGCCGAUCACGCCAACCCCGGGUCAGAAUGCGCCGCCGCUGCCGGGGUGCGACGGCAAAUCCGGUGACUCGAGUACCAGUCCGCUCCUCAAAUCCAAUUGUCAUUCGCCAAGGCCCGGUCAGGAGAAUGGCAGCGCGCAUGGUGGUACUCCUUCAAAGACCGGCAAUCAGCCUGUCAAUGAAAAGGUUGGCUCGUCCCGGACCGCGACAGUGGAAGUCGCGAGGAUGACGGCGCAAGGCCCGGGCGACGCGUCACAGGUCGAGCACGUCACUCUGAAGAAGAAGCCUAAGUGCAAAUGCUGUGUGCUGCAGUAAUGACCGCGAGACGGAGGCGGCGGGGACGCGCACGGGAGACGGGUCCUCCUCCAUUAUCAGGAGCGUGACUGUGGCUUCGAGGCUACUUGAAGAAGUCACGCAGCUGAGCGGCUCGAAACAUCGAGGGCGCAUCGAUGAAGAAGCUGCUCGAAGAGGAUGCCGAGCAAGCAGCAAGGAAAGCGUGCCGGUAUUCCGAACAUGCUCGGGGAACCUGAAGAACAAGUCCAGAUGACUUCUCGAAGAGAAAGAAAGAGAGAAAAGAGUUUUGUCUCUGAAAAAACGCGAAGCGAAGUAUUUGAAACGAAAACAAUACGAUUGCGGAUGUGAAAGAGUGCUAUCAGAGAUUGUUAGAAAUCUGAAAAUGAGAGCAAGUCGAACGGGUAUCAGAGAAGAGCUUCGUGUUUCUUAAUCGCGAAGAUAUUUAAAACAAGAGGUCGAUGGAAACGAGAAGGUCGAGAACUUGUUUUGAAGAAAAUGAGGCAGGAGGCUAUCAAUUCUUGUUUGAGGAGAUUGGAAUCUCUCUUGAAAUGUUCUAAAAUACGAAGUUAACUCUUAUCGUGGAAGAAUUGAACUCUCGUGACAGGCUACAUCCAGCUUUUGAGCAAAGAGGAGUCCAUGUGGAGGAUUUAGACGAGGAACGUCAGUGCGCGAACAUUGAACCGCUUUUCGAGAGACAGUGAUAUUUUAUGCUAUCGCGAGAGACCAGAGUUAGGAAAGAAAUGGAAAAGAGAAAGAGAAAGAAAAAGAAAUAUAUAUGUAUAAUAUACAUACAAAACUAUAUUGUAGAUACAGAAUGGUAGCUGUAUAGCUUAUAUGCUUUUACUAUCAUGGUUAAUUAUCGUCAGAAUUAUCGUGAUUUUAAGAAUGCAUCGUGCGCAUAGAGCGAAUAAAGAAAAGAGAGAAUGCAUGAGAGCGAAAGCGCGAGUGUGCAAGAGCGAGGAUGACAAUGAAUUAUAUGAUUAUAUAGGGGAGAAAAAGUGUGUGCGAUGAAAGGCAUGUAAAGUUCCGCGGAACGUCAUUCAUUCGUUAGAUCUCGGUGCGAGCAGAUACGUCGCCGUUUCUGAGGAAGCUAAUUCGGCAGCUUUGAUCAAUCUUUCUUUAACUAGGUAACGGUGCGUAAAACAUUGUUGUAUACAUUCAGAGGGAGUGCGUCACACGUACCGCAUAUUCUGUUGCACCUAUAAAUUUUCCGAUCAAUUUACAUCAUUGAUUUUAAUCGUUUUUUUAAACAGCGCUUUAUUUGUAAUUGCAUUACUAAAAAGACAUGUUUUAUUUUAAAAUAUUGAAAUGUUAUAUUUUUGUCUCUUGUUUUUUGAAUACUUAAAAAUGUUUUAGUUUUAAACAGUGUUUUGCGAUUAAAAAUGCUAAAACAUUUAAGACUGAAAUCUUUAACAGCUUGAAGCAUUUUAGUGUUUCAAAUAUAAACACCGUUUAAAACUGUGAAACACAUUUUUAACUUAUAUAAUUAAUAUAUAUUUAAAAACCCGGAACAAAAAUAAAACAUUUUAAUAUCUUAAUACACUUGUUUUUUUUAAUGUUCUAAUUUAGAAGUUAGUUGUCUGUAUAAUUGAGAGAAAGUACGCGGGUUUUGGCAUACUCUGUAUAAGCAGGCGUUUACUUCACUAAAUCGCAUCGAAGAGUUCCGUAGGUAAAGUUCCUCUCUUCUUCCUCUUCUAUCUAUUGUUUUAGACACAAUCUUAUCGUCUUAAGAAAUUGUUAUUCUUCAAUAAUAAAUAACGCAAUUAAAUAGAGAAGGGCCAAGCAAAAUUUUCGUACUUGACAAUAUUCUUAUGUGUGAUUUUAUAUACAUUUUCUAGUUCUCUAAACCAUUACUUUCGGCCUUUUAAAACACAGUUCUAAAUUAAAUCAGAAUAAUAAUAUCACAAUAUUAAAUCGAUAAUCAGUUUAAUAGUACUGAUACUAAUAAGCAUCCUUUAAAUACUGUAAUGAAUUUGUUAUUUUUCUAUCGUUCUUUUCCCUUCUGUUUUACUUCUCGAAGAUUUAUUUUAGAACUUUUACAUUAAGACCUUCAUAUUUAUGAAGAUUAAUAAUAAUAUGAUGAGGGUCGGACAUCCCUCUUCCGUAAUAAAAACAGACGUAACAAGGCAUAAGUGGACGACAGGAAAUGGUCUCAAAUGCUGAAAAGCAAUAUAGCUAAUAAUAUUUAUUAGCAGAGAAGGUACUGGCUACAUUGGCUGCGUUUCCGUAAACAUAACGUUCGAAUGAUCGACUGUUCAAAAAUGUAUUCGAUUGAUAAAUGAUAGAAAUAUUUAAGAUUGCUAACCGAUAAUUAACUAUUGUGUUUUAACAUGUAAUGAAUAUAAAUGAGGAUUUCUGUAAAACUAACAGUCAACGGAUACAACACUAACCGCAAUAGAUGUUGUAAGUGGAAUGUUCCUAAUUCAUCAACGUUGCGCUCAUCGCGCGUAAUUAUAGAUUUUAUUAGAAAAUUUUAUUACUAUCUUAUUUUAAAUCAAUUUUAUAACGAGCAAUGUUUCUUCUUGCGAUUUUCCGAUGCUCUGAUGCUAAUCUCACAAGCAGCGUCUAACACAAUACGGCAGCUGUUGGUAGUGUUCCAAAUUUUUUACCUGCGGAACUCCAAAGAAAGAGGAUUAUUUUCGCGCGAUUAUAAAUAGCGCUUGACACGUUAAACGCUCCUACAAAGUUCGAACUCUGAGAAUCUUCAUGCGUGUCUUUUAUAGAACGUCGUUUGGAUUAGUUAUUGGUUGCCCUCGAAUCGGCAAGUCCGCUUUGUGUUUUGUCCGCUACAAUGCAAAAUUAAUCCCGCGACAUCUUUUUUUAUAGCAAUCGAUGUAUACGUGAAACUUUUUAUUGUAACAAAUUAUGCGAAACGUAUUCGAUUUUAUUACAGUUUUUAGCGAAAAAGUAGAAGAGAAGGAAAAGGAAAGAAGAGUUAUUCUUCUUCUUCGCGGUCAAUCAUGGUGAAUAGAAUCGCACCUUUUUGAACAUGCCGAGGGUUCGAGCUCGAGAUCUCGUCAUGUUUGACCGGGUACCUAAGUGCAUUUUGUUAAUUAUUAUCAUGAGCGUUAUCAGAAUUUUCCAUAGGGGCACACAUAUGCAAGAUAUUGUUGGACGUCUUUUGAAAUAUGAAAUCUUAUCGGCAGAAUUAUAUGUAUAUAAAUUUUUUAUUAUUGAACUGAAAUGAAUUUUAUAAUUAUUAUUAUUAUUUUAUAUUAAUCUCUUGUCUUAUAAUAAUAUUGUAAAUUAUAUUUACAGCUUCUAAAAUCCCUUUUUUCCAUUGUAUUCUUUUUUGUUUUACUAUAUUAUAAGGUGUAUAUGUAAAAAUAUAUGUUUAUAAAACAAUUAUCACAUUGUUAAAUAUUUUAUAUUUUAUAAAAAAAUUAAUUAAAAGUCUCUUAUCGCGAUUGACAAAAGAAAAUUAAAUUUAUUGUCCUCAUGUGUCCUGAUCUUACGCAAACGGUAUUAUUCCUAACUAUGACUACAAAUUAAAUUGUAAGACAAAGGAUUAAAAUGUCAUAAUACAUUAAAAAAGUAUCUAAUGUUUAAAUAUUAACAUAUUUUAUUUUAUCUCCGUUUUUUUAUAUAUUUUAAGAUGUUUUAGUUUUGAACGGUGUUCAAAUUUAAGACACUGAAAUCUUUAGACAUGAAAUUCUCAAUAGCUUUUAACAGGUUUCAAUAUUUUAAAUCUAAACAUUGUUUAAAACUAAAACAUUUUUCUUUGAAAAAUUAAAAUAGAAACAAAAUAUUUUUAAUAUUUUGAAAUUAAACAUUUAGUAUAUCUGAAAAUAAUUUUAAUUAAAAAAAUUUAAUGAAAAACCUCUUUCCUUCUCACUUUUCUUCAGAAACUCGGACGAGGCGUGUCCCCUCUGUACUCUUCUCGCGGCGCUCAUGAUUUUUAUGUACCUGCGUUAAUGAGUUCCGCGCUUGAUCAGAGCGAGCUGGGACGUGAUAAAUCAAACUCACAAUUAUGAUUAGCUGCAAAUUAUAUAAUUUAAAUUUACAUUCUAGAACACUAUUGGUUCAACAAAUUAGUCACGUUAAUAUAUCGUUGAAAUUUAUACAAUUUGAUUGGGACACUUCCUUAAGUCCAGCUUGCUCUAAUCGACGUUGAAACGGAAGUAUGCGAGGCGCUGGGAUAAAGGAAUCGGUAUUCGGACGGUGUCGAAGAUAUUAUUUUCCUAAUGAACGAACCGCUCGAGAAAUUCCGGCGUCUUCCCGCUUCCGCGGUGGUGAUUUUUAAUGGACGAAAACAAUUUAUUGUGCGAACUAGUCGAAGGUAUCGGGAGGUGUCAACUCUUCGUGGCGGCGAUCCCAUAAAAUGUAUCUAUAUUAUAAUUGUUUUGAAGUCUUAGUUGCGUAUAUACAUAACAUACAAGGGAUAAUUACCACAGAGAGAGAGAGGCAUCGUUGCGUACGAAGCGUGAUUCAAAAUCUUUUUAAUUUUAAAAUGUAAAAUACGCCUGUCUGAAUGCGAUCCUAUUCAAAAGAGAAGUAUUUAAUUUUAAAAUUAAAAAAAAUUUUAUUUCUAUCUUAUUUCUCUGUUAUUUAAAUACUUAAAAAUUGUUCUAGUUUUAAACGUCAUUUAGAUGUAAAUUCAUUUCAAAUUGAAAUUUGUAACAGCUUUAAACAAUUAGUAUUUCAAAUCUAAACACCAUUUAAAAUGUAAAACAUUUUUAUAAGUAUUUAAAAACCGAAGAUGGAAACGAAACAUUUUACUAUUUUAAAAUUAAACACUUCUUUUUUUGAGUGAUAUCAAUAAUUUAUAUUGAUAAUUCGAUUUUUAAGUAUCGUUAGAAGUUAGCGAUGAGCGUAUGCGACGGAGUACGUCUUCACUUUUCUUAUUCUUUUAUUUGCUCUGAACAAAAUAUGCCCUUUUGCAGAACUUGCGUUAAUCCUCAAAAAAGGAUCCAUAAAGACUCCGAUGGAUCUGAAGAUAUUCAAUAUUUCGCGUGCCGCGAAGAGCCGCAGUCGAGCGCAGUUUGCACAAUGCGCAGUGCAAAUGAGAAGAAUCUGUAACGCGCAUACCUACACACAAGAACCUCUUAACGUCUGUUCCCACGCAAAAUGUUGACUCUGCUGAGCUUACAGAUAUUAAACGAAUAUUAAAUGUCUUGUUAAAAAAAAAAAGAAAA